UCUGGAGAACGAGGACAUGGCCAGAUGGGCAGCCCUGGUGGUGCUGGUUGUGGUGGGUACAGCCGUGGCAGUGGCCACCAACCCCGGCUUCGUGGCCAGGAUCACCCAGAAGGGUCUUGACUACGCCAGCCAGGAGGGAGUGGCCAAGCUGCGGAAGGAGUUAGAGAAAAUCAAGAUCCCCGAUAUAUCAGGAAGAUUUAAGAUCAAACAUUUUGGAAAAGUGCGUUAUAGCUUCUACAGCAUGGUUAUCCGCAGAUUCCAGCUGCCCACUUCUAGGAUAACACUGGUGCCCAAUGUGGGCCUUAAACUCUCCAUCAGCCACGCCAGUGUCGCGAUCAGUGGAAAAUGGAAGGCACGAAAGAGUUUCAUCAAAACUAGGGGCCACUUUGACCUGAGCGUGGAGGGCAUCUCUAUUUCUGUGGAUCUGAAGCUGGGCAGUAACUCCAAUUCAGGGCAGCCCACCAUUGCCUGCUCCAGCUGCAGCAGCAGCAUCAACAGAGUGCGUUUGCACAUCUCGCGCAGCAAGCUGGGGUGGUUGAUCCGACUCUUCCGCAAAAAAAUUGAGUCUGUGCUCCGAAAGACCAUAAACAGCGAGAUCUGUAAGGCAGUGAGAAAAGCUGUGUCCUCUGAGCUGCAACCUUAUUUCCAGACUCUGCCAGUGACAGCCAAAAUAGACGCUGUGGCUGGGAUUGAUUACUCGAUGGUGGCACCUCCGUUAGCCACAGCUAACAGCCUGGACUUGCAGCUAAAGGGAGAAUUUUUCAGUCUGGCCCACCGCACGCCAUCUCGCAUUUCCCCAUCGGCACUAGUGUUUCCCACUGAACGUGACCGCAUGGUGUACCUGGGUAUCUCUGAUUACUUCUUCAACACUGCCGGCUUUGUGUACCAAAGGGCUGGAGUCCUGAAGCUGACCCUCACGGAUGACAUGAUUCCAAAGGAAUCCAAAUUCCGAUUGACAACCAAAUUGUUCGGAACCCUCAUACCUGAGGUGACCAGGAGGUUCCCCAACAUGAAGGUGCGGAUCCUCCUCUCCGUCACCUCCCCACCGCACCUCACCGUGGACUCCACCGGCCUCGCACUCACCCCUGAACUGGAGGCCCAGACCUUUGUCGUCCUCCCCAACUCCUCCCUGGCCCCCCUCUUCCAGCUUGGCUUGAGCACGAACGUUUCUGUGAUGGUUGGUGUCAACUCCGACAGGCUUAUUGGACAGCUAACGAUGGACAAGCUGCAACUGAAACUGAAGCACUCAGAUGUUGGCCCCUUCUCGGUUCAAUCGCUGCAGACUGUCAUGAAUUAUCUUCUGCCUCUUCUUGUGCUUCCCAGUGUUAAUGAGAGGCUGCAGAAAGGCUUCCCUCUCCCACUGCCUGCCCGCAUCCGGCUCUUCAACCUGGUGCUUCAGCCUCGCCAGGAUUUCCUGCUGUUCGGGGCAGAUGUUUACUACGGCUAAAAUUACCAGGGAUGCUGGGGGCUGUCAGCACCUGUUCUGACAGGCCUGUGGGGCCCAGGCCAUCUUUCUCCAGUCGCCCCUCUCUAGAUCUUGACCAAGAGGCCUUGCAAACUUCUCUGAAGUCAGAUUCGGGAAUGAUCUAAACAUGGGGAAACUUGUUCAUUGGAAAAGCUUGUGGUGUGUAUUUUAGCUACUAUGAGCUUCUUCCAAGGGCUCAAGCUGCACAGACAUUUCCUACAGCAAGUGAAUUUCAGUUGUAACCACAGUAUUUCUAUUUGUGCUUCACAAAACAAACAAACAAAAACCUU